CCAGCCCACAGAGGCAGGGCCCUUCUUUGUAAUUGGGCUAAACUUUGAUAAGGACUACACUGUUACCUAACCCUGGAAGGACAGUCCAGUUGGGAGACAACAUGGCAGCUGCAGGGAAGGUGAUCCGGUGCAAAGCUGCAGUAGCAUGGGAGGCUGGGAAACCUCUCGAGAUGGAGGAGGUGGAAGUGGCACCUCCUAAGGCUGGGGAGGUUCGCGUCAAGGUUGUGGCCACGGGGAUCUGUCACACUGACUCCUACACACUGAGUGGCUCCGACCCUGAGGGAGUUUUCCCCGUCGUGCUGGGCCACGAGGGAGCCGGUAUCGUGGAGAGUGUCGGAGAGGGAGUCAUCAAGUUUCGACCAGGGGACACGGUCAUACCCUUAUAUGUCCCACAGUGUGGAGAGUGCAAGUUCUGCAGAAAUCCCAAAACCAACUUGUGUCAAAAGAUCAGGCUCACUCAGGGCAAAGGACUGAUGCCAGAUGGGACAACCCGUUUCUCCUGCAAAGGCAAAAGCCUCUUCCACUUCAUGGGCUGUAGCACAUUCUCUGAGUACACUGUGGUGGCUGAGAUCUCCCUGGCCAAAGUGGACCACAAGGCCCCCCUGGACAAGGUUUGUCUGCUGGGCUGUGGCAUCACCACUGGUUAUGGAGCUGCUUUAAACACUGCCAAGGUGGAGGCUGGGUCGACAUGUGCAGUGUUUGGCCUGGGGGCGCUGGGCCUCGCAGCAAUCAUGGGCUGUAAAGCAGCCGGGGCAGCUAGAAUAAUUGGAGUCGAUCUCAACCCUGACAAGUUUCCAAUUGCUCAAGGUUUCGGGGCCACAGACGUGGUGAACCCAAAGGAGCACAACAAGCCAAUUCAAGAGGUCCUGGUAGAGAUGACAGAUGGAGGUGUGGACUACUCCUUUGAAUGUGUGGGCAAUGUGGCAAUCAUGAGAGCAGCCCUGGAGGCCUGCCAUAAAGGUUGGGGCACUAGCGUCAUCAUCGGGGUGGCAGCAGCUGGCCAAGAGAUCUCCACCCGGCCCUUCCAGCUGGUGACUGGGCGCACCUGGAAAGGCACUGCCUUCGGAGGAUACAAGAGUGUCGACAGUGUUCCCAAACUGGUUGAGGAGUAUAUGAACAAGAAGCUCAAAGUGGAUGAAUUUGCGACUCACACUUUGCCCUUUGAGAAGAUCACUGAAGGUUUUGAUCUCAUGCAUGCUGGUAAAUGUAUCCGAGUCGUCCUCCAGUUCUAGAUGCCGAGGAGCAAAGAAAACCAUGUCCUCACUCCAUGUUUACUCUACUCAGUUUAAUAAAUAAUGUUUCAGUUCCCUGUCUGAGUCUGUUUAAUUUGAACAAUGCAGUCAGACUCCUCUUUGAUCAGACCCCCCCCCCCGUGGGAUAACAUAUGCACAGAGGCAAUUGUGAGGAGGCAAAACAGAGGAAACAAAACAAGAUUAUUCAGAAAGAUUCAGAAAUACCCUUUGAUCUAGACUGAAUGAAUAAUGAGGCAGUACAACCACAAACAGCCAAAUGGCAUCAGUGUUGGCAGGUUGUUAAUCGAUAAGGACUUGCUGAGUAGGAACAGCACAGACAGAGGCCUGAUGAAGUUGUUUGAAGCAUGUUGAAAACACUGCAGAUACAGUCCAGCCAGUUUAAAUACUUGCAAAACCUUCGUUUGAUUAUGCUCCCAGCAAGAUUUGAGCAUAAGACUGGUUUUAGUCUUUUGUCUGGCUCACAACAGGUACACAAACUUUUCACUGUAAACUGAAGUGUCUCCAAACUUGGGGAACGUACUGUCACUUCCAAAAUGUCGACUCAAACUGUAACCGACUUGGGAGAAUUACUGCGACGCCUCGUACUCAGCUAUGCCAUUCCUAGUUAGGCAAAGCAUGUCAAACAGCCAUGUUUCCCAACAGCUCAGUUCACGCUCUACAGUGGAAAAGCAAAAAAAAAUUUUUUUUCUCCUGUUUCCUGCCCUGCUCUAUUUCUUUGGUGACGACAACCGGUCUAUUCAGGACACAUAAUAUUGAAAUCGACAACUCAUAGGGAUUGUGGGCCUUUUAGCUUGAGGGGGUUAUUUAACCUCCAACUAUUUCUGAUUCUCAAUAGGCCUUUUUUCACCUCAGAAAAAGCAGGAAAAGCACGUGUAAAGUAAUUUGUCAUGCAGUAAAUUUAUCAGAGCAUUACAACAUUGUAUGUUUAUCAUAUUUAGUCAUUUGAAAAUAAAAUGGUCAAACAGUAAUUCUUAUCAAAAAAGGGUCUCCACUGGUCUUUUUCUUAUACAGACAGACAGGAAUGAGAAUAAAUGUGUGAUUUAUGCACAAGUCAGUACUUGAGAUUAUGUAGAGUAAGAAUGGCUUUUGAAAACUAAAUAUGCUGUAUUAAUGUAAAUAUACAGUAAAUAAUAAUGUUUAGGAGUGCUUUGGUAGCUGAAUGGUUACAGCACAUGCCAUGUACUGCAAAGUCCAUGGUUCGAUUCUAGCCUGGGACCUGCAACAGUGUUCCCAGGCCAUUGUUUCGUGUCUCCUAUCCAAAAUGAACUUUCCAAUAAAGUUAAAAAAAAAAUGCCAUGAGGAUAAUGUAUUAAAAUUGAUAAAGUUA